ACUCGAGGCUGACGUCGGAGGGCCUAGCGCCGGAACCCGGAAGUGAUGGCAAAAAAAAAGAAAAAGGGUGUGAGUGGAGUCACGGUUGAUAGUUUUUUUUAAUUACUUUGAAAGCUUCAGUUUUUUUCGGGUCGUUGUAGCGGUGGCGGUCCGUGUGCCGUUGAGUCAUGUAGUGAAGAUCGUUAUGCUGUAAUGGUAACUGCUGCCAAUCAGAAGUCCUGCUGGGCAAAAUCGCCACCUAACUGCACUACUUUCUAAAAAAGCACUUUGCAGGUCAUAACUUCUGGCAUCAAGAACUAAGCACCUUUCCACCUGAAAGUCUUUUAAUUACAUAUGAAGUUCCUUAUUUUAAAGUGGCACAACUGCAAUGAAGAAAAGGAGAAAGUUCACUACAAAUUUAGAUGACAAAAUACGUUGUGGUCACCAGAAGGAAUCUUCUAAUAAGAUUCUCGUAGCAGACUCUGAACAAGAAACUACUGUUGAUUCCGCAAAGGUGUCUACUGUAGAUGAACUUCCUGCUUCACAAAGCCAAAGAGAGCUUUUGAGUUCCCUACAAUAUAACAGAAACCUUCUCAAAUACUUAAAUGAUGAUCGACAGAAGCAGCCAUCUUUUUGUGAUCUGCUCAUAAUUGUUGAUGGGAAAGAAUUCAGUGCCCACAAAGUAGUUGUUGCUGUUGGAAGUAGUUAUUUUCAUGCUUACUUGAGCAAAAAUCCAAGAACAGAUGUUAUCACCUUGGAUCAUGUAACCCAUUCAAUAUUCCGCCAUCUCCUUGAAUUUCUGUACACAUCAGAGUUUUUUGUGUAUAAAAAGGAAAUCCCCUUAGUUUUAGAGGCAGCCAAGUUUUUAGAUAUCAUUGAUGCAGUUAAACUGCUAAAUGGUGAAAAUGUUUCUGGUUCGCAGUCUGAGGAGAGAACUGAGAGCCCAACUCGAGUACAGACAUCUAGUGAAUUGACUGAUAAAGUUGCAAGCAGUCAUCAGUGCACUUUAUGCAAUCGAAACUUCUGUUACAAGAAAUCCUUAGAAAAUCACUUGUUCAGAGCCCAUCAAUCCCUUACCCGAGAAGGUGAUGGCCUAAAAAUGGUUGAGAGGGCAGACGUUUCUACAAGAAGGUCAAUGCGAAAUCGCAAGUGUCCAGCUAAGUUUGAGCAAAGUGACAAUGAAAGUGGAGAAGCCUCUGACAGCUAUCUUGAUAAUGAUGUUCCUGGCAAGGAAGACAGUGAGUGUGAAGAUAGCGGGAGUGAGUAUAAUACUGAUGAUGGCAAGCCAGAAGAAGACACGUCUGGGAAUGACACUGGGUCUGAAGAACAAAGUGAAAAAGAACAUGAAGGAGAUGAUCAGGAACCAGAUAGCCUGACAGGAAAUAAUCGUGAAAGCACUGUGUCAACAUAUAUUCCAGUCAUUGUGCAGAAUAGUAGCAAAAAAUGUUUGCAGUGUCCUAAGUGUGAUAAAACAUUUGAUCGCGCAGGGAAAUAUGAGAGCCACACUCGUGUGCAUACAGGGGAGAAGCCUUUUGAGUGUGACGUCUGUCAUCAACGUUAUUCAACCAAAUCCAACUUAACAGUUCACAGAAAGAAACACAAUAAUGAAAUAGAGUUUCAUAAAAAAGAACACAAAUGCUCCUACUGUAACAAACUACAUGCCACUAAAAAGACCUUGCUUAAACAUGUGAAAAGAUUCCAUCCUGAAAAUGCACAAGAAUUUUUCUCCAUCAAGAAAAAAAAGAGUGAAGGCUGGAAAUGUGAUAUUUGCAGUAAGUCAUUCACUCGGAGGCCUCAUUUGGAAGAACAUAUGAUUCUUCACACUCAGAAUAAGCCUUUCAAGUGUAGCUAUUGUGAAGAGCACUUUAAAUCUCGCUUUGCUAGACUGAAGCAUCAAGAAAAGUUCCACCUUGGACCUUUUCCAUGCGAUAUUUGUGGUCGUCAGUUUAAUGACACGGGAAAUCUAAAACGCCAUAUUGAAUGUACUCAUGGUGGAAAGAGAAAAUGGACCUGUUUUAUUUGUGGAAAAUCAGUAAGAGAAAGAACAACUUUGAAAGAGCACUUGAGAAUCCACAGUGGAGAGAAACCUCAUCUGUGUAGCAUUUGUGGGCAGAGUUUUCGUCAUGGAAGUUCAUACAGACUUCAUCUACGGGUCCACCAUGAUGACAAAAGGUACGAAUGUGAAGAAUGUGGGAAGACGUUUAUUCGCCAUGACCAUCUGACAAAGCACAAAAAGAUACACUCAGGGGAAAAGGCACAUCAGUGUGAAGAAUGUGGAAAAUGUUUUGGUCGAAGAGAUCACCUUACUGUUCAUUAUAAAAGUGUUCAUCUAGGUGAAAAGGUGUGGCAAAAAUACAAAGCAACAUUUCAUCAGUGUGAAGUCUGCAAGAAAGUCUUCAAGGGGAAAUCAAGCUUGGAAAUGCAUUUUAGGACACAUUCAGGUGAGAAACCAUAUAAAUGUCAAAUUUGCAACCAGUCCUUCAGGAUUAAGAAGACAUUAACUAAACACAUGGUCAUUCAUUCAGAUGCUCGCCCUUUCAAUUGUCAAUAUUGCAAUGCAACAUUUAAGCGAAAGGACAAGCUGAAAUAUCAUACUGAUCAUGUGCAUGGAGGAAAAUCCACAGAGGAAUCACCGAGCCCUCUGCCAGAGGAAAAAACAGUCUCUCUGGCAACAGAGUACACAGCUGAUGACAAGACUUACCAAAGUGAGGCUAAACCAUUUGUGGAACAGACCAAGGUUCAUCAAGGAGAAACCAAAAGCAUGCAACAGAAUGCACACUCAGAUGUAUGUGUACCAGUGAUGGUGAUACCAGUUCAGAUACAUGACACUCAGUCUGACCUUGUACAGCAUGCCACCUCUCUCACCCCCUCACCUCCUAAUAUUCUUCCUCCACAGGCCCCUCCAACUGAUUAUCAGCGAGCAACAGAUUUGGCUUUUUUAGAAAAAUAUACUCUCACCCCACAGCCUGCAAACAUAGUUCAUCCAGUCAGACCUGAGCAAAUGUUGGAUCCCAGAGAACCGUCAUACCUUGGGACUCUACUAGGUCUUGAUACAGCUCCAGCGGUGCAGAAUAUUUCAAGUAGUGAACAUUCAUGAUCAUGGGACUGUUGUAUUCCAAUGGUCUUAUUAACUCUUAGCUGUCAGAAGCCUAGCAUUUUCCUUAGCGUCCUCAGGCUUCUGAGCAUAAAGCAAAGCAGGCUUUUUGUGCAAUAGGGGAGCAUUCAGCAUUUUAAUGCAUGUUCAAAAUAUGUUCAUCAUGUUCCCUUUUUAAAAAAAAUCUAAAGUUAUUUUAAAGACUUCAGACCUCUUUCAAAAGGUACUUGUUUCUGGAAAUCUCUAUUACUUUCCUGGUAAUUAUCAGUAAUAACUGUUGUGUCCUAGCAUUUGAUAUCUGUUAUUCACUUUUUGUUUCUUACACAAAACGUUCUGGGAAAUUUAAGGAUGAAGACUAUUCAUGCUGACAUUUACACUGUAGUUUAACAUUAGCCCAAGCAAUUGUUAGUUUAAUUUCUGAAAAUCUGUAUCUUCAUGUGGAUGCAGCUUACUAUCCUGAUCUGUUUUCAGUAGGAGUGUUGCUUCAGUACAGGGUACAUUUAAAAUGAAUAACGUUAGCAUAAUCUAGUUUCUUGCUUGCUUAAAUCUAGUUUCCUUCCAUUGACAAAGGGGUCUUGAGCAGUAUGGGAAUCUAUUCCUCAAAGUCAUAACUGAUGUCAUAAAUUUUACCCUGCAUAAAAGCAGUUGAAAUUUAAUUUAUAUGCUCCUAUUGCUGUAGGUUGCCCUGACCUGGAUAACCUCAGGCUAGCCUGAUCUCUUCAGAUCUCAGAAGGAUUGGCCCUGAUUAGUAUUUGGAUGGCAACCUCCAAGGUACACGAGGGUCGUGGCAUGGAGGCAGGUAAUGGCAAACCACUUCCAAAUGCCUGUAGCCUUGAAAACCCCAUGGGGUCACCAUAAGUUAGCUGUGACUUGAUGGCACAAAAAAUUACCAUAGGUUGGAUGAAAAGAACCACUUGAGGGGCAGACCUGUUCCACUUCUCCUUUUUUGUUUUCUCCAUGCCAUCUGAAAGAGUUUGGGAACCCUAUGGCAUGGCAUGGGAUGCUGUGCACGGGGAUGUACCCUGCAGAGAAAGUCUGCAGAAAUCCUGGAGACCUUGGAUGAGCUGAAGUGCCAAUUGUUUCACUCAAGGUCUGCUUUGGAUCCAACUCUCCCAUCUGGGCCAUUGAGAAAUCUGGCAGACUAAUCUAUGAAUACUCUAAGGCCCAAUUCUGCACACAGAGAAACUUUGACAAUAUAAUUAGAAGCACCAGUAAUUUUACAAAGAAAAUAGUUCAGAAUGGAAUCAAUUCAAAGACAUCUAUGUAGUACAUAGACUUUUAGAAAAAAAAUGCAACAGUAAUUGAAACACACGAGAAAGAAACAUUCAGUGCUUCAAGAAAAUGUAAAUAUUAAAUACAUAUUAUAAGAAAUUAAAAUAACAAUUAAAAUAGCCACAGAACUACUGGGUUUUUAAUUAGGCUCUGAAUGAAAGGCAGUAGCUUCACUUUUUAGUGAAGUCGAGAUAUUUUGGUAACUGCCUGAGAGAUUUGACUUUCAUUUCUCGACAGAAGGAUUUAUAGGCAAUAGUUCCCCUGAAUGGCUGGAAAUAUUGCAAGAAGGGGGGAAGGGAUUACCAGUUAAGCUCUUAAACUGUUGAAAACUGAAAUAUUAUCAGGUUAGAAUGUGCAAAGACUAUUCAUGUAGCCAAAAUAAAUUUUAAAAAAUUGA